AUGACCCAAAUUGGCCCGGCCUCCAAGGGUUCUGGGCUUGCUGGCUCUCACGCUGGGCUCCGUCUCCCUUUCGUCUUUCAGGAUGCCACUUUCUUCACGCGGAAAGAAAUCCUGAGAUUGUUUGACAAGUACCGGGACUUGGCGCCCCAGUUGGUGCCCCAGGACUACACCAGGAAGCCCAGCGUGAAGCUCCCCUACGAACUCAUUGCCAGCAUGCCGGAGCUCAAGGACAAUCCCUUCCGCCAGCGCAUCGCCGAGGUCUUCUCCGAGGACGGGGAGGGCAACAUGACCUUGGACGACUUCUUGGACAUGUUCUCGGUGAUGAGCGAAAUGGCCCCGCGUGACCUCAAGGCCUACUACGCCUUCCGAAUCUACGACUUCAACGAUGACCGCUACAUCUGCAAGUCCGACCUGGAGAAGACGGUCAACAAGCUGACCCGCAGAGAGCUGACCCCGGAGGAGGUCAGCCUGGUGUGCCACAAGGUGAUGGAUGAGGCCGACCUGGACAACGACGGGAAACUCUCCCUGGAAGACUUCCAGCACAUGAUCGUCAGAGCGCCCGACUUCCUCAGUCCGAACCCUCUUGACUGGCAGUCCGAACCGUCUUGGUGA